AUGAACAUAGCUGCAAUGGCCCUCCAACCCGUGAUCCACUUCACCAAAGGCGCCAUACGAAUAUGCGUAAGUAGCACAAUCCAAUUACAACCCAAUACGGAAACUCUUGUACCCUGUACUCUACAACAUCCUGGGAUAGACCAGGACCUCAUCCUCGUCUCUCAAGCUUCUUCUCUUUCUCAAAGGGACCUUGCCGUAGCUCCCGCCAUAGUCAGCUCUCAACAACCAACACUUUUAGUUGCUAAUCCAACCAACCAACCUCAAACGUUGUAUGCGGGUAUGCACAUCGCAAAAGCGACUAUUCUUUCUAAAGAACAUGCAAAAGAGGACAACGAGGAGCACGGUCGAACCCCGGUAGCGGUAACCUGCGCAACCGCAACAGACAUUGUGGAUCCUUCGUAUAGAAUCGACCUCGACAAUUGCGAUCUCACACCUGCUCAGCGCGACCAACUACGCCGUUUACAGGACAGCUAUGCUGACGUUUUCUCGCGACAUCGGCAGCUGCACCGCAGGGAAAGUCCAUAUCCAUACCACGGACGACCCACCUGCAAAAGUUCGACCAUCUACCUGACCCAUCUCCCAUUUGGCUUGAAAUCAGCUGGCAGCUAUUUUGCGCGCAUCAUGUCUAAAGUACUGGGCGGCCUAGAAGGGAACGUUUUGACCUAUAUCGACGACAUCCUGGUGGUACAGUAA